CGUUGUCAUAAGGUGGCUGUUUUCAAUUAGUCAGGCUGCAGAAGAACCAAGUCAAGAGGACCAGGGCUUUGCGAGACAGGAAGAGCCGACGUGGAGAAACAGCAGGGGGUCUCACUCACGGAGUUCCUCAAAGUCCAAGGUCCACCCGCCAGACCCGUUGCGGAACCGAGACCCCAGCACCGUCACAUACGCAGGAGCUUUGCAGGCCGGGUUUCGGCUCGGGCCAUGCGGGGAAGACGAUGGGAGACGAGCCCAGAGUUUCUCCCCUGAAGAACUUCGUGGCCGGGGGGGUCGGAGGGGCUUGCCUGCUGCUGGCUGGACACCCUUUGGACACCAUCAAGGUGAGACUUCAAACUCAGCCCAAAGCCUCAAGCCCUCAGUAUGUCCUCUACAAGGGAACAUAUGACUGUUUUCGCAAGACCGUGUCAAAAGAGGGUCUCCUGGGCUUGUAUAAAGGGAUGGGCGCUCCUCUGGUGGGAGUGGCACCCAUGAUGGCUAUCAGUUUCUUCGGCUUCGGCUUGGGGAAACAGCUCCAGCAGACGGACCCUGGCCAACCGCUAACGCAUUCGCAAAUAUUCCUGUCAGGAUGUCUGGCGGGGGUCUUCACCACUGUGAUCGUGGCUCCGGGUGAGAGGAUUAAAUGCUUACUGCAGGUGCAGGCUGGCGGUGGCAGGUCAAAAUAUUCUGGUCCUCUGGACUGUGCCAUGCGUCUCUAUAAGGAGCAGGGCAUCCGCAGCGUCUACAAAGGAACCGUGCUGACACUCAUCAGAGAUGUGCCUUCUAAUGGUCUCUAUUUCCUGACUUAUGAAUACCUCAAAAAUUUCCUGACUCCGGAGGGUCAAAGUGUUUCUCAGCUAGGCGCCGCUUACAUCCUGCUUGCCGGUGGUGUGGCUGGACUCUUGAACUGGACUAUCGCUUUGCCCCCAGAUGUCCUCAAAUCCAAUUUCCAGACUGCUGCAGACGGCAAGUACAGAGGUCUUACAGACGUCUUGAUGACGCUGCUUCGAGAAGAAGGACCCAAAGCGCUCUACAAAGGCUUCAACGCCGUCUUUCUCCGAGCCUUCCCAGCCAAUGCGGCCUGUUUCCUGGGUUUUGAAGUGGCCUUAAAGGGCUUGAACUGGCUCUUGCCUAACUGGUGAGGUCGGGUUCUACUUGGCCACUGGUUUGAAGCAACAAAACUGCCACGACUGUCUGCCUCUCGUCUUCAGAAUCACACUCGGCAAAGUGAGCCAGCUCCAUGUGCAACGCAGUUUUCACUAUAGUUGUGAAUUUGUAUCAUGUAAAUGAACACUGUUACAGGUGCUAUUUUACUAGAAUUUUAAAGAACUUUAAAGAAUAUUUAUAUUGUUUUGUUGUAUUUAUGAGGGUAUGAGGAUCAAGCAUGUGUAGUUUUUUACACUUUUUCAAUAAAGUGAUUGGAAUUUGA